UUUCAAAAUAUAAAUUUAUGUUUCUACAGGGGUCUGAUGCCCAAAACACUGGAUGGACAAAUCACCAUGGAGAAAACACCAAGUUACUUUGUCACCAAGGAAGCAGCUGCCCGAAUCUAUGCAAUGUCCAAGGAUGCCAAGCUAAUAGUGGUGGUUCGGGAUCCUGUCACGCGGGCUAUUUCUGACUAUACGCAAACUCUCUCAAAGAAACCAGAUAUCCCCAGUUUUGAGAACUUGGCCUUCAAAAACAGGACUACAGGCCUGAUUGACACCUCAUGGAGUGCUAUUCAGAUUGGCAUCUAUGCCAAGCACCUGGAGAAUUGGCUCCUUUAUUUCCCCAUGGGCCAGAUUCUGUUUGUGAGUGGAGAGAGGCUGAUCAGUGACCCAGCAGGUGAACUAGGCAAAGUACAAGAUUUUCUGGGUCUGAAGAGAAUCAUCACAGACAAACAUUUCUAUUUCAACAAGACUAAGGGCUUCCCCUGCUUGAAGAAGCCAGAGGGCAGCAGCAAGCCCCACUGCCUGGGCAAAACAAAAGGCAGAACCCAUCCCAACAUUGACCCAGAGGUGGUUCAGAGGCUGAGGGACUUUUACCGGCCUUUCAACAUGAAGUUUUACCAAAUGACAGGACAGAACUUCGGUUGGGAUAACUGAAAUACUAAGCAUGUAGAAUAUUACCAAUAAGACUUUUUUGAGUAAAAUAAUAAGAUGAAAAGAUAUACUGAGUAAAUUUGGACAUGAUGCUGUUGCUACUUUGUCCUGAUGUUCAAAUAUGCAUUUUUUGAGUUAUUUAUUUAAACUAUUAGCUACAUAUUACAAAAGGUUAUAGAAUGAGCACUCUAGCACAUUUGCAUUAGAGUUCAGUUUAACUUGGAAUUAUUUAGAAGUUUUAGUCACUUGUUAUCUCAAAAUUGCAAAACCCUUUCACAGAAAUUGUUAUUUUUACAGAGUUGCUAAUUCUUUGUAUUAUCUUAAUAUUUUAUUCACAGAUUGCUUUAACUGAGGGUGCUAUUUCUGUAUUGGGUAAUUUCUUUUACCUCAUUUAUGAG